GAACGACAGUUUACCUCCGAUCCGCGGCGAAGUUGGUUCCGACGCGGCGACGCGGACUUGUUCGUAACCGGAGCUGGUCCGUGUUUACCGUGUGGCCGAUUGCCUUUCAGCGGGCGUAAACGAGAGCGGCGAAGAAAAUUUAUCGCCGUUGAUUCUCUGCUUGUUGCAACGCAGAAACCGACUUCCCGUGUUUCUGCGUUCAUUAUUUUCUCGUACGAUCGAUUCCCCCCUUCCCCAACGUAACCCCGUUGCGAUUCACGUGCGGGUAUAUACGCGACAAUUAUCUACGAUAGCAUCGUGAACAGUGAAAGUGGGAUUGAACACGGUGAAAGUGCAUCGUCAUGACAAGGGAGACGCGUUCGGAAAUGCGACGAUCGUGCGCAACGACGCGCAACGACGCGACGUCCUCUGCGAAAAAGCAUCAUCUGUCGCGGCUGGUGGCGUCGUAAAAUGCCGCAGUACGACGACAGCUUCCUCGAUUCGCCGAUAUUUCGGCGGCGAACGCGCAGCUACACGCUGCAGAAACAAUUUAUGCCGAAGUCCAAGUCUUUUUACAUCACGGCCACACCCCUGCUGCUGGCCGUUACCAAUCACGCCAGGACGCUUUCCGGUUCCUUAUCGACUUGCAGCUUGAAAGAAGUCGAGGAGCGCUCCGGCGGGAAGGCGCGCGGCGGUAAACUAGCGCGUCGCGCGCGCUCCUUCAAGGAGGACUUUCUGGAAAAGCUCUCCCACAUGCGUUCUCCUGGUAGCGGUAGCGGCGGCGGGGGCAGUGGGGCGGCCACGAGGGCCGCCUCGCCCUCGUCACCGCGUACGCCGCGUGACAAGAGCGCCCCGGGCUGCAACGACUCCGGCACCGCUCUGGAUAAGAAUCCCCUACGCGACCUGCACAUUCACGUGCGGCAGGUGCAGCUGGCACUGCUCCACUUUCGGGAUGUCGUAUCCAAGAAAAAGCUCGAGAUGCUGCCCGGGAACGGCACGAUCGUCCUUGAUACCGUUACCACCAUACACAACGCGUUAAAGUCUUAUCUGCUCUACGAGAACAGUUCCACACUGGGCUCCGCCACGAAUCAGGUGUACCAGGCGUUGGCGCAGUUGUUGAAACUCUGCGACGACGUGCUGCUGCACGGCGAUCAAUCCUCCGCCUUGGACACCGAAAACGUGACGCACGUGAUCGGGCUGGUCGAGGAGGCGGUGAAAAAUCUGGUCGCCCUGGCGCACGAGAAGAUCGCGAACAAGCAGAAACCCGCGGCUGCCGCGAAUAACAAUAGAGCUUCCGGGUACGGGUCGGAAUUGACGCAAAGGAACUCCCUGCCCGACAUACCGCUGACACCGAGGGAACGGCAGAUCCUGGAGCAGACGGCGGCGAGCAGCUCGCUGGUUCGCAGCUCGCACAGCUCGGAGUCGAUUCUACGGGAUUCCAGUCCGCCCCCGAAGCCCCCGCUGCCCGACAGAACAAAUGUAUGUUUGUCGGAGGAAAACAGCUCGUCCGGCACGCCACCUCCGUUGCCGCCGAAGAGAAGAACGAGGGCCCAACAGCUCUUCGACGAGUCGGAGGGCCUUCUGGCGUCUAGUCUCGAUAGGGUAUCCCUGCGGAGCCGAUCCCCGGAGGAUUCGUCCUCCCUCCUCAGCGCGUCCGCCGGUAGUCUGGAUUCGGCUCUGAAUCACUCCCGGGACGAGGACGAGAUCAGAGCUAUAAUGGGACCAAAUGACGAGUCGCUGAACGAUAGUAUGGACCUAAGUCUCAUGGCUACUAUUCAAGGGAUGCAAGUUAAUGGUACUUCGAACUAUAGUUGCUGGGACGGUUCUGAAACUAGUAUACCGAGUACUAUGUUGCUAGGCCAACAAACACCUCAAGAAAUGCUUAAUCCGUUCACUGGUAUAGAAGGGAAGAUGGAGCGAUUGUCCACUCAGACGCAGGAAUCGGGCUUCGUCUCCAUGCAUUCUCAGCGAAGCUCAUCCCAGAGUUACACCACCGCGUCCAGCAUGACGUCCAAGAGGUCGUCGCAGCAGAGCAGCAUUAGUUAUAACUCACAGUCAUUCAGCACGCAGCAGCAGUCGUUUUCCCAGACCAAAUUAUCCUCGGAUAGUAACGGCUCUAUUUUUACACAGAAGACGAUGACUAGUUCCAAAAGUACUAUUAGCACGACCAACGUGUCUGGAAACCCAGGGGACCCAGCUUUAUUAGAGAAACUGGAAAUGGAAUCGGUGCCGUCCGAUUCCAACGGAGUGCCGCCGGCGUUGCCGGAAAAGCGGUCCAAGCGCAGGAAAGAGCGGCAGCCGUCGCAGUACGAUAACGUACCAGAAAAUGAGCAUUUGUCCACGUGCGCUUUGCAUACCAGCAACGGAGACAGUCCGGACGCGAACAAGCCACCCCCUCUGCCUUUGAAGAAGCGGCACAUGUUCCAAUCAGUGGCAUAUUCUGUCAUGGCGUACAUGGAGAUGUUCGGCAACUGCUCCCACAGUAACAACGACUUCAUCUCCGGUCUCGGCACCCGUCACUCCGUGGCAGCCUACAAUUCGAUGCAGGCGGAAUGGCAGCAGCACGAGAUGGCCCUUACCACGACCCAAUCGUGUUCCUUCAUGACACACACCGUCACCGCUCUGCAUGACAGCUCAAGCGUCUCCGUGACCACAGCGCCGACCUUAGUAGAGGCAACAAAUAAUUCUAGUCUGCCCCCGGCAUUACCACCAAAGAGAUCCCGUUCCAUUAAAUCAAACGCCACACCGCCACCGAUAUCGCCGAAACCUACCGUCAGUAUGCAGAAUAUCCACCACAGCGCGGAACCGCUCGUCGUCGCGUCGACGCCUCUGAAACCAACGGAGGAGCCGAAUCACGCGCACGAGAAGAAAGACGCGACACCUCCCACUCCGGUGAAACUGGUAAACAUAAAUAAUAACAAUGUCAUCGUGGACACGGUGCUACCACCGUCGUCGAGACCUGCUAGCAACGCGCUCUCUUCCAUAUCAGUCGACGAAAAUACUCUCGAACUAAGGGAUAUCGAUCAGGACGACAGCAUUCUGGACGAGUUAGACAUUAGCAAGUACUUGGUGUUCAAGAAAGCGGACGAAGAGGGCCCGGAUAUACGCGGCGGGCAUCCGGACGCGUUAUUAAUUCAUGCCACGAAAGCCAAUAAACAUGGUAAUCAACAUGAUGAGAAAGAAUCAGACUUCCUGUACCAGGAGGCGUUUCUAACGACGUACAGAACAUUCAUGCAGCCGUUGGAACUAAUUCAGAAAUUGCACAGACGCCAUCAACGUUUCUCAUGCUCGCCCGAUGUUAUAAAGCAGAGAGCGGCGCGCGAAGCGUUUUCUUUGUUAGUCAGAGUCGUGAGCGAUUUAACAAUAUCCGAUCUCGACGACGUGCUUCUGCAGACUCUGAUGGAAUUCGUGCAGCAGUUGGUGUGCGGUGGGGAUCUCACGAUGGCGAAGGCGUUGCGAGUGAAGAUACUGGAGAAGCACACCAUCAAGCAGCUGCAAGCGGCCCAACCGAUACUUUCAUCCCUGAGCGUAACGACGAAGCAGGCGUCCCUAUUGGACUUCAAGAGCGAGCAGAUCGCGGAGCAAAUGACGCUGCUCGACGCCGACCUGUUCAUGAAGAUCGAGAUCCCGGAGGUGCUGAUCUGGGCGCAGGAGCAGAACGAGGAGCGAAGCCCGAAUCUCACGAGAUUUACCGAACACUUCAACAAGAUGUCGUACUGGGCGCGUUCCAGGAUACUGGAGCACCGAUUGGAGAACGAGGCGAAGGACAGGGAGAAGUACGUCGUGAAGUUCAUCAAGAUCAUGAAACACCUUAGGAAGAUCAACAAUUUCAACAGCUAUCUCGCGCUACUGUCCGCCCUGGACAGCGCGCCCAUCCGGAGACUCGAGUGGCAGAAGCACAUCACGGAGGGUCUCAAGGAAUACUGCGCCCUGAUAGACAGUUCCAGCAGCUUCCGAGCUUAUAGGCAAGCUCUAGCGGAAACACAACCGCCAUGCAUCCCUUAUAUCGGACUUGUUUUGCAAGAUCUUACGUUUGUGCAUAUCGGGAAUAGCGACUUGUUACCAGACGGCACUAUAAAUUUCUCCAAGAGAUGGCAACAAUUUAAUAUUGUUGAAAAUAUGAAGAGAUUUAAGAAAGGCACGUACUCCUUCAAGAAGCACGAACGCAUCAUAACGUUCUUCAACAACUUCAGCGAUUUCCUCUGUGAGGAGGCGAUGUGGCAGAUUUCCGAGAGCAUCAAGCCACGUGGUGGCAAGAAGGCACAGCCGCAAAACUAGAAUAUACCUAACCCUUUCACUGCCUGCGUCUCGAGGUCUGCGAUCGAAAGGCUGAAACAGUGAAUUAGGAUGUUUAUAUUUAUGUAGGUAUAUACUCUUUUUUUGCGGAAACACAAAAAUAUGAAAUUUCCUCUACAAACGCUCUAAGAGCGGUGAAAGGGUUAGCGAGUCUAUCCCGUUUCGACAGCCUCUGUGAGGUUGUGUAUUAUUAUUAUUAUUAUCAUUGAACCUUGUGGAAAUUUUAGUAAUGCGCAAACAUGUGUGUAUGAGAAUUCCGUAUAUCUAGCCGAUUAUCAAUAUAACGUAAACGCACCGUGUUUCAACUUAAAGAUAACUUACGUUUGUAAGCAUCGAUUAGGUCGAAACGCCCAAAAAAAAAACACGCGAAAAUCCACCGGAGGGAACUUUGUGGUACACCAGGCGAAACUGAUAUAUCUAUCAUCCUUAGAACAUAUUGACAUGGAAGGGGAACUGCCUUGUUUUCUAUAGGACAAAAGUGUGUUCAAGUAGCGUGCGAGAAAGAGAGAGAUAUAUACAUAAUGUCAUUUAUGAGUUUACAUCUACUAUCAUUCAUCACAGCUGAGAUACAAACUGUUUAUAGCUUUAAAGCGUUUGCUGAUUUCGGCGCACGCGCACAGAGGACGAUUGUUCCUUUCUAUGCUCUGUCUUUUUCCUUCUGUAUACUUCUGUACACUUUCUUUCUCUAUUUCACGCAACUCUGAUACACUUUCGGUGCACUAGCAUUCCCCUUCCAUGUCUAUAUAUAUAUAUAUAUAUAUAUAUAUAUGUUUCUAAGCUGUCACCCCACCCCUCCCCUCUCCUUCGAACGCAUUUUCAGCAGUCUCUUUUCCGUUUGCUAUAAACCGAUAUACGUAUUUGCUAUUGAGGAUAUGCAACUUAUACUUAACUACGUCUGUAACAGUGUUUAUCGUAAUAUUAAUGAGAGAGAAACCCCGGGUCUUCAGCUGUUCUAGAUAAAAAAAGGGAAAGAGAGAAAAAAAAGCACACUUAAGGACAAUUUAUUUAUUUGCCUUCGCUAGCGAAUUGUAUAAAAAGUAGUAGGUGUUUUUUCAUUUUUAAAUUAUUUAAAUGUGUAUGUAAACGUCCAUUUCUAUAGCUUUAUGUAGGUAGUGAAUUUUCGAGCGAUCGACAGAGAACAACUGUUGAUUACACAAGGAUGAACACCAAUUACGUUGAUUAAUGUAGAGCCAUCGUAGUCUCAUGAUAGCGCGCGCUCUCUGGUGUGCGCGUAUCAGGACACGUGGUACGACUGAGCGCAACUGUUACAUAUACUAUUGUAUAUGAUGAUAGGGAAGAAAAACAUGGCGAUCACGUCGACUGGCUAAUAAUUUGCGCCUCGUCAAUGAUAUCUUCUCGGCUUUGCCGAGGGGAUACAUCGGCGGCGCAGGUGCAAAUUAAUGUCGGUGAUCACAGCAAAAAUACCCUUUUGUUGGCAACUUAUUAAUAGGUAUCCCCGAGUUUUCAGCUUUAAAUCACAUGACUAUCUAGAGAUUAGAUACAAAUUAAAUAUGAACUUUGUAUUUAUAAAGCAUGAACGAGAUUUCUUUUUUUUUAUUCCACGCGUCUCAUUUCACGCGACGCUUUUUUUGUCACCAUUCUAGAUGACGAUUCUCCCCAUUAGGAUAAUCCCAAUCUGAUCUCUCGAUACUGGCACUGACUCUUUCACGAUACAUUCCGUGGAAUGGAGAAAAUGAAGGAGAGAGAAAGAGAGAGAUCGGAUCAAUUUUGUUCGCCAUUGAAAGAGUGUACCGUGUCUUUUUGAGAUCUUUCUUUCGGACAUUCAAUUUAUCAAGACACGAUACCUUUUACUUUUAGAUAUGACAGUGAAAGAUGUUGCCAUAUAAUAAUAAUAAUAAUACUAGUAGUAGUAAUAAUAAUAAUAAUAAAGUAAUAUAGAGCAGUUUGCGCGUGCCUCGUCUUAAAGGAUGAAUCAAGCGAAUGAAUCCGCCUAUUUAACCUCCUUUAGUUUAUCAUUUAAAUAUAGAGUGCUUCGUUUCUGCAUAACAAUAGAGUCGUCGGUAAACGCGUCGACGAAUCGCAAUUCGCCGAUUCUCAAACCUCAUCAUCUUCAUCAUCAUCAGUACAUGCGUAUGCGCACGCACGUAUCAUCAGGACUCGUAAAUAUUUAGCGAUACCUACCACAGCAACAAGAAAGAAAGGCCUAAGCGUUUAGUUAACGAUCGUUCUAGUACAAAACACGGGUAAAUAACAAUCCAGAUAAAUUGAUUGCCAGAAUAAUAUGAUACAUGAAAUUUUAAGUGAAGUAGUUACAAAGCUGCCAUAUACAUAAAAGGGAAAAAAAAAGGUGAAACGUGUUAGUGUCAAUAGUUUGAAUUUUACAAGAUAAACUCUCUUAACCGAGACAUACAGGCUUAGAUAGAGAAGAAAAAAGUCAGCGUAGAUCUUUUUAUCCUUGAUAUUAAUUACACACACAUAUACACAGACACACACACUUGUUUAAUGUUUAUAACAAAACGUGCGGAAAGAAGAGAAAUGUCUUAAUGAGGAGGAGAAAGAGAGAGAGAGAUAAAAAGAAGAAACUAAUGUGAUAUAAUAAUUGGCUAAUCGGUGUGCAGUGUAAAUGAAAUUGUACAUAACGUUACAUUGAUUCGCGUCGUGUUUUACUUGCGGUGUCAAUUGCCAUUAUUGGUAAAGUUGGUUGUUUUUUUUUCCUUUUCUCGGAGAAAAAGAACUAGCUACACGCACCACACACACACACACACACACACACACACACACACACACACACACACACACACACAAAUAUGAUACAUACGAUGAGUACGCAGCAGCAAUAGCGUGCACAUUAGUACUAUCCCCGUGUUACAUCGCAGUUAUUCGGUUCUUACAACCACGUGUGCGUGAGUGAGCGUGAGCGUGUGUGAAGAAACCUGCGUUUUUCGUCGUAGUGGCUAACGAUCAAACGUUUUACUUCACGUAGGAAUAAGCGGAGAUCUUAUAUAACGCUGUAAAUAAUUUAACUGUGCGCAUAAUUCCCGUGAAUUUACACGCGUGUAUCCCUACCGUAAUUAUCGAUAAUUGUAAAUGUGUACGCCGCGCGUACACAUGAAUUCGGAGUAAUUCUUAAGUUGACCUAAGGAUCAUUGUGAUGAUGUCGCGUCACGUGGGCACGUGUAGCGCCUUGUUUUCUUUUUUUAUACCGUUUUCAUUUAAUUCCGAAUUAAAGGGCAAGCGAACAUACGUAUGGUCGAUUUGUAUUAUCCGCUGCUUACACACACACGCGUUAUUCUUUUUUCGCGUUUCAUUUUCUAUAUCAUGCUACACUUCUUGCUGGCAGCUGAGUUGAUGGUAGUUAAUAUUCUCGCAUGUAGGCUACUUUCAACGGUGUCUUUACCUUCCAAUAUUGAUAUAUAUACAACUGUUUAUAUUUUGUAUAAUAUUUUUCUGGAAAUUCUGGCGAUAGCUGAGAGAAAGGCCUUCCCAAGUAACAAUUGCACGCGUCGGGGCUGUACCAUAAUUUUUAAUGAGCGCGCAAAAGAGAUUUCGUUCGACUCUCUAUUGGCAGAAUUUCCCCUUCGUACAUAUAUAUAUAUAUAGAGUCACAGAAAACGAAUACAUAAGCGUAUAAGUUAAGUAUACACUAUAUCACCAAAAUACGAGUGAGAACAUCCAUUGAAGGUGCAACGAAGAAAUUAGACUCGAUUUUACCGAUUAGAUAGGGAAAUUAAGCUGCUUCUCGCGGGGGUUUGGGGGAGGAGUCGAGUCGCUAAGAGAGAGAGAAGACGAAACAACAAGCACGCAAUUGCUUUCUCCUUAGACUCGCGACCGUAGAGUCCUAGAUAAUAUAGGCAAUAUAAGGUAUAUACGUAGCUCUGUAUAAUUUCCUUCUCUUUCUUCCCUAUCGUUUAACGCUGAAUGUCGUAGCUACUCCGACAGUCUGUCAGACCGACAGAGAUAGACUCUAAAAGUUAAAAUCGCUGCUAAACUCUCUCUCAAGUUGCGAUCAAGGGGCGCCGCGCAAUUCAUCGCAAAUAUAUAUACUCAGACGACCGCGAGACGAUUAUCUGCACUUUCGCGAAGGGAGAUAUCGGCCCGUACGACAUAUUGUACAUAUACACACCAUACGCAUACGUUGUUAAUCUAGUCUAACGAUCGAACGAACUAUGUUGUCAAUAUUUAAACGUAUACACGUCGGCGCACACACCUAUAGGCGUAUACUCGAUACUCUAAUAGCAACAACAACAGCAGCAGCGAGAAAGAGAAAAGAGUGAACGAACUAGUUUUUUCUGUAAUGCCACCAGGUUGGCUUGUAUCGAAAUUAUCUGGGCCCCGUUCGCGCAUGGGCUUCCUCCUUCGGUCGGGCGUCGCAUCGCGCGGAAAAAAAAGAAAUGCGUGACCGAUAUUCAAUAAAAUUGAAUCAAAUAACUCUCGCCGAAUAUUAUGGAUUAACGUUCUCCUGCGUGUACUGUUGAAACGGGAAAUGAUAACGUUAAAAGCGCCGCGCAAACCGACGCGCCAAUGGUGUCAUCGCGAGAGAAAGAAAAGAAGGGAGGAAGAGAGAGAGAAAAUGUUUUGACGAUUCAUGAGAGAAUUCUUCCGCGUGUUAUCCCUCGCGUCGGUUCGGGUGGCUCUUUUUUUUCCUAGCAAGAUACCGAUAUAAGUACCAAAACCAAGUAAUAAUCGCUAUUGAUGUGUUACCGAUAUCCUUUGUCGAAAGGUAUAUAUAUAUAUAUAUAUAUAUUUAUAUAUAUAUAUAUGUCACUUUGCACUCUCAUAGAUCUCACGGUAAGUAUUAGAAAGUAUCAUACAUGCAUAAGGGUGCGUAUACCGAUGCUUUGUUGAUCUACGUCUCUCGUCAAAGUAUUUAUUACAGCAGCGACAAAAGUGACAUAUCUGUAGAACUACACUACUUGUAGGGCAGUAAAUUAAAAGAGAGAAAAAGAAAAAAAAAGGGAAAAGUCGAAGGAGUGUGAGAGAAUUAAGAAAAAUGUAUUAAG